CAAUGAUAGGUGCUUAAGUCUUUCAUAUAGGUUUCACGGAUGUUAACCUCAAGCCGUCUUACAUUCGUUCCGUCUACUCAAGGGACUGUGGUGUUAGACUUGAGUCUAGUUUUAAAUAAAUGAAACGGGGCAUGUGUUAAAAAAGUACUUAGUCUAAAGUUUUUGUCACAAAUAAAAUCAGUGAUAUAUUUUUGUCACAAUCCGGAAGCGUUAAGACAUACUGAUCGAUCGGUCUUCUCUACACACCUGGAAUCAAGAGCGCCGGGUCGGGCCGACUUAUCCUUUUAAAGUGUUCACAUGCAUUUCUCUACGAAUAGUGCCGUAUCAACCCUGUGGUCGCCUGUGGUGAUUACCAAGCCGUAUCAACCCUGUGGUCGCCUGGGGUGAUGAUCAAGCUGGUUUCCUACAUAAGGAAUUGGAUCUUCGCAUCUUUGAAAUAUCCCAGAACCGUUGUCUGUGUUCAUUGACGUAAAGACCGAAUUGCGGCGUAGCUUAAAAGUAUUCAGUUCUUCAUUCCAGAAUGCAUGUUCUUACAUACUUGAGCGUAAUGGCUCUUCUCUCAUGGGGUACACGCCUCGGUGGGGUUGAAUCGACACAAAACAGUUACAAUGAAACAUCUAUAAAGGUAAGCUCACAACUUAAUGAACUUGUCUUAUGCAUUAAAGCCUAAAAAGUGCUGGUUCCACUAUUUAUUUGUUGUUUGUUGUUUUUUUAACUUGAAAAAAAAACAAGCUUUUAAGAGAAACGCGUUAUUGCGUGUACAGAAAGAUUCAGGGCCUUAGCUUUAGCUGGCACCAGGGCUGGAUUUAUAUCAGUACAGAAAGCGAAUUGCUUAGAACCUUUAAACAAUGUAUGCCACAUUUCCUGAGUCGCCUAGUCGGCCGGCCCGAGAUUUAUCCUUGACGUUGUGUUUCUUGUUAUGACUUAUAAAGUCUAAGUCAAAACAAUCCGUGUGUGCUUCCAAUGUUUUCGUUUACCUUUCGUGUGGGUCACGAUCUCUCGGUGAUCGCUUGACAAUAUCCCAGGAAGUGGCGUAGCUAGGGUUAGUGCCGCCCGGGGCGGAAAGAGAAUAUUGCCACCCACUUCAACAAAAAGAACAUGUGCUUUUGGCCGAGAACGUAUUCCCUCAAAAUAAUGAUAAUAAGUGUCACCCCUGUGCCGACAGCUCCUUUCCUACCCCCCUGCCAGGAGUUGCUUGAGAACUUCAGAAAUAUGAGGGGUUUUUUGGGGUAAAAUAUGGCAUUUUUAUUUCAUUUGCAUCCUUAAAAUUUUUAUUUUAAUUUAUAAUUUACAGUGAUCCGACUAGUUCCUAAUGGUUACCACUAACCUUUAAGCCGUGAAUACAGUACUGUUACAAAAACUAUGCACCAGAUAUUAGCAUUUCAUUUUGUACAUAUUUUAAUGAUCUAGCUGUGUUUGUAUCUAUGGCUGUAAUGUUGUUUUCAGACGCUCCGCAAAAAAAAUAAAAAAAAAAUAAAUAAAUAAAUAUUGGAUUCUAAAAAUAAUACGUUUGGUGGGUAAUAUUUUGUUAUGAUUUAAGGAAAUAAUUUAAACUAGAUAGAGCUCACCAAACAUUAGCGACAGCAAUGCGUGAACUUCCCAUCUAGUAAAGUUACUUGACAAAACAUGAACCCAAGUAACGCACAUUUAAGAACCCCAAUAUUUGCUACACCCCUUCAGCCCAUGAUAUGUCAAUGCACACUUUUUAUUUCACGUCCAUGAACUAUAUUAAUAUUCUCAUGUCCAAACCACUUUUAAACCCAAUUAUUUUUUACACCAUACUUAAAUUGAGACGAUUUCAAUUCCGAAAUGAAAAAUACGCAAUUGUGUUUAAAAAAAAUUAAUAUAUCAUUUAGCGUAGUUAUCGGGAAUUUUAUUUUGCACGCUAUUGAACUCAUUAUUUAACCACACUCUGACGUAUCUAUAAAUAGCCUGUGUGGCGUCGUUUUACCUUUGCUGGCGAAUUAUAUAUAUAGAUUGAAAUAAUGCGAUGUAAUAAAUCUACUUCUUUGACUUUGUAAUAGUUAAAGCGUACAUCACGUGGUAAAACAAGGGAUGGGACACAAUUCAGUAGCUAAGGGGGUGCGGGGGAAGUGGACGCACCGAGUGACACCAAUACCGGGGGGUCACACCAAAUUGAAAAAUGCAUAUGUACAUAGGACACACUGCUCAGUCAAACCGAAUUUCAUAAAAGGAUAACCGAUUACACAUACAUUUUUCACACAUGUAACCAAUCAAAAUGCGUGCUUUAUUAAAUGUUUAAGGUUGAAAUUUUCAGAAAUGAAGUGAUCCUAUAAUUAGGUCAGAAAAACAUCGUUUUGAAAAUAAUUUAACGCCGAUUGAAAUGUUUGGCAACUUUCGUAAGAGAGAGCUAUUUUAAUCUAAAUUAUUAAAAAUAAAGCUUUCCAUUUACUUCAAAUACGAUGUUGUCAGGCGAUUCUAAUUAUUACCAUGAAUCGAAUCGGUAAGAAUUAAAACAUAAAAAUGACUUUUCACCCACUUAAAGGUUUAAAAAAAUAAUAUUUUACAAACUUUUCUAAUAUGUUUAAAUAAUUAUUUUAUAUUCAUUUAAUUUAAAAAACGGGUCUUGAAAACAAUUUUUUUUUUAAUUUAUCGAAAGCAAAAUACUCAAUAAAAAUAUUUAUAUUUUCGCCGAUUCGUCACUAGUAUAAACCUCUUAACGUUUGAGCAAGAUUGUCAUUACAGCACACGGUAUUUUUUACAGGCUCUCUGUGAUUUCACGUUUAUCUGCUACAUGCAACAUGCUAUUGAAGAGUCAUUUUUAAAAAUCAGACCGAAAUGGAAUUUCCGGUAGAGAGAAGAUUCAGUUUUAAUAAGAGAAUGGCAGAAGAACAAUUAAUAGAAGCUGGAGUCUCUCUGCAAGAAGAAAGCAGUAGGGAGAUACUGGAUUGUAUUCGUCGCUUUAAUUUUGAACCCCAGAUCAGAUCAUCUACGCAGAGGCGUAGCGAGGGGGGUGCAGGGGGGACAGAUGUCCCCGGACGCCAGCUAGUUAGGGGCGCCAAAAUGUGCUUUGAUAUUAUGUUAUUGGUAAAAAUAAUGGGUUUGAGAGUUGAAAAAAAAGAAAAGGGGGAGCUUUAAAUGGAUCUUGUCCCCGGGCGCCAAAAGCCCUCGCUACGCCUCUGCAUCUAUGAUCAAGGAAGUAGCCGAUAUUUGUUUUGGGGCUGUUCAACCCAAGAGUCUACUAUAAGCCAGUGACGAAGAGUUAUUGGUGUCCGUUCCGAAAGUAAAGCUCUUUCUAUGAUGGGUUAUCAGAACGUUGAACUUUUAAAAGACAUAACAAGGCUUAGAAGAAACCUAAAGGCAGCUGAUAUUGAAUUUCACAAAGUCAUGGACUGGUUAGUAUUUGAUUUUUUGAAAUUCAAAGCUGAAUGGGACUUCCUAGAAUCUCUUCCAAUACCCUAGCUAAGCCUUCAAUUGUUUCUUACAAUCUGUGUGUCUGCGGCGUCAUGUGAGCGGAGCUUUUCAAAACUACUAAAGCAUAUCGAGAACGAUUUACGAUCCAACACGGCAAAUUCAAGGCUUUCUGAUCUAGCUCUACUAUCAAUUUAAAGUGAUAUGGUGAAGGAUAUUGAUUUUGAUUAAGUGAUUGACAGGUGUAAAGCCUUGAAGGUCAGGAAAGGAAAAUGUUAAAUAAAGUAAAUUUAAUGUAAAAAUAACUACAAAUUAACGUUGUCACAGUUCUUAAAUACAUUUACAUUUACCUCCUGACCUUCAAAUAAUUUGUUUUUUUCUUGUUAUUGUUAUACUGUGGUCUUAUUUUAAACAAUCGCUCGAUUUUUGGUUCUGCUGCAAUUUCUUGUGCAAGGUUGAUUGGUAUUCGCUUUAUCUGGUGAACAAUCUUAAACCCAAAAUGGCUACAUAUGUAGCAAAGUUGCAUAGCCGAUGUCUAUAAGAUCUUGCUGACGGUGUGACAUAAAAAAAAAAAAAGGAUGUCAUACCCUAUUAACACCGCACGCAGAAAUUCAAAAAUCGCAAGCGCUUAUUUUGUGAGACAAGCAGCUUCACUAUUCACUUUAGGGUCACAAUGCGAUUGAAUUUGGAACGACAUAACGGGAAAAAAGGAAACACAAAAAAAAUCUUAUUUUUAAAAUUAUAAUAUAGGCUACCUUCAAACAUUGCGUUGUCUAGAAAUUACAAACUCUCAGAAGGCCCGGCCUGGCAUUAUUAAUAAUAUAUAUUUUAUCAUAAGGCCUACACACCGCCCCCCCCCCCCACACACACAAGUUUGCCAUACCACUAGCAACGGCCCUAUACCUUCAAACAUUGCGUUGUCUAGAAAUUACAAACUAUCCGAAGGCCCGGCCUGGCCUUAUUAAUAAUAUAUAUUUUAUCAUAAGGCCUACACACCGCCCCCCCCCCCCACACACACAAGUUUGCCAUACCACUAGCAACGGCCCUCACAUGCUUUGUCUACUAACUUUUAAUGGGAAAUUCACUCAUUGUCGCCGCAAUGAUUGGCGGGCUAUUUCUAGUAUAAUAUAAUGUUCAGUUUUUUUGUUGUAUUUUUGUUAUUUUCCCGUAUGUUGUUUGUUUAUUUUGUCCUGCCCAAACUGUAAAGCCAACUGCUCUCGAUGACAUUUCGUAAAAUAAACAAAUUCACUUUUAAAAAUAAACAUUUAAUUCUUUUGAAACCUUUUAAGAAAGAUGCCCCGCUCCUACCACGUCCCAUUUUAACUUUUUAAACCAUUAAAAAAUUGGUUUUCUAGGGGUUCUCUUCUGGUUCUGGUAGUGUUCGUUGCUGCAUCCAUAUACUGGCAUCUGUGCAACGGUUGGGGGAAUGAUGCUGCUAGUCUAACAGCUCCUAGCUGAUGCCAAGGCAGCCUUGAAGCUUUUGACCGAUGUCGAUUUCACAGUGGCAUUGUCCAGGUUGUUCCAUGCUAUUACUGUGCGUAGGAAGAACGAUUGUUUAUAUUGCACUGUGUUGCAUUGAGGCACUUCGAAGCGUUUGCUAUUGUUUCUGGUGUUAUUGUUUAUGGAAUAAUCUUAGUUGUGGAUAGCCUCGACUUGGCAAAUCAAGGGGUCAUGGCAGUAAAACGUGUUGGGAACCGCUGGGUUUCGUGUAGUCCUACAUGUUUACACCAGCCAUCAACAUUUCGAAAUAAAAUCAAACAACAGAUUUGUUAUGAUUUGAGAAGGCGCUUGGACACCCAUUAAAAGUAUUUAAGAAACAGCCACCAAAACUUGCAACAAAGUAAUACAUCCAGCUCCUAGCGGUGCUACAACAUUUCAAAUUCUUGUUUAAAAUCAACAGGUCUCCCACUCAGAACACCGCAAGCUAAAAAAAAAUUGAAUUAUUUAAAAAAAUAAAAUAAUAACAUAGGGCCGAUUUUAUCAAAUUUACCAGUAUAUAACUAAAUUGAAUUAAAUUUUGCUAACGAAUAUUUUAGAAAGAAAUUUUUCCAUCAUUGUCUUCCAACAGCAGCGUGGUUGCCAGCUUCUGCCAAGCAUUAACGCCAACACCUGUCUGUCCGCGGGCAGUGCUGUAAGUAACACUGCGAGCGAAUCGUCCUACGUCCAGGAGGGGACAGUGUGUGCGAUGGACUCAAACACAUCCACCCCCGACUUGGUCACGUGUCGCAGGGGUCGAUGGGAAAACACAGGUAAACACAACUCUCUUAUAGUUACUGCUUUUAUUGCUGUUCUCCCAUGUAACACGAUACAUUAAAACGACGUUAAUGUAUAGGAUUCUAUUUGUCACCGUCUAUAUUCUCAAAAUGUGUAACCAAUUCAUCUUGCUCCCCGUUCAAUAUAACAGAGUCAACUAAAAGUUAUGUACGUGCAGAAGUUGCGGUUAUAUGUAAACAGAAAUUCUUUAUUCUAAAUACAGAUACUUUAAAAAAACAACAACAACACAGUUUUAUCUUGAAGUGUUACCCGUCUUUAGGGUAUCUCAUUUGUGUGAGCAGAACGGGGAGCAGGCUAGAGGGAGUGACGGAGCUAGUGUAAGUGCCACCAGGAGCAGGCUAGAGGGAGUGAUGGAGCUAGUGUAGGUGCCGCCAGUAGCAGGCUAGAGGCACAGAUGGAGCUAGUGUUAGUGCCACCCGGAUCAGGCUAGAGGCACAGAUGGAGCUAGUGUUAGUGCCACCCAGAGCAGGCUAGAGGCACAGAUGGAGCUAGUGUUAGUGCCACCCGUAGCAGGCUAGAGGCACAGAUGGAGCUAGUGUUAGUGCCUUCCGGAUCAGGCUAGAGGCACAGAUGGAGCUAGUGUUAGUGCCACCCAGAGCAGGUUAGAGGCAGUGAUGAAGUUCGUGUUAGUUCCACUCGGAGCAGGCUAGAGGCACAGAUGGAGCUAGUGUUAGUGCCACCCGGAUCAGGCUAGAGGCUCAGAUGGAGCUAGUGUUAGUGCCACCCGGAUCAGGCUAGAGGCACAGAUGGAGCUAGUGUUAGUGCCACCCGGAUCAGGCUAGAGGCACAGAUGGAGCUAGUGUUAGUGCCACCAGUAGCAGGCUAGAGGCACAGAUGGAGCUAGUGUUAGUGCCACCCGUAGCGGGCUAGAGGCACAGAUGGAGCUAGUGUUAGUGCCACCCGUAGCGGGCUAGAGGCAGUGAUGAAGUUCGUGUUAGUUCCACUCGGAGCAGGCUAGAGGCAGUGAUGGAGCUAGUGUUAGUGCCACCCAGAGCAGGUUAGAGGCACAGAUGGAGCUAGUGUUAGUGCCACCGGAGCAGGCUAGUGGAAGUGAUGGAGCUAAAGUUAGUGCCACCACCCGUGGGGGCCCAAUAUAUUUAUUCGCCCAUCAUUUCAAGAAAAUAUACCAAUGCAGUUGGCUUAAAAUAUUAAAAAAUCAAGUGCUGACUAGGGCUGACCGCAAUUUCCGCCACCCCCCCCCCCUUUACAUUUUUCGCCCCUAGGUAGAGGUGUGGUUGAUACAGCCACAUUCCCCAUGUUUACACUAUGGCGGCAAAAGAACACCACACAAGAAAUAAAUAAUUAAUAUAUUAGUAGCAAAUUAAUUUUCAUCCAUUAUGGAAAGCUAAACGUUAUUUCGAGCAUCUCAAUAUCAAUUUUGGCAACGUCUAGAGCAGGGUUCGGGAACCUUUUUGUCUGAGAGAGCCAUGGACACCACAUAUUUUGAAAAGUAAUUCUGUGAGAGCCAUACAUUAUAUUUCCCUUUAAUUACAAUGAAUGCAGGGUUGCUAUUUUUCUGUCCUUUAGGUCAGCGGAGUUUAUAUUCUUUACCACUUCUGAUGUUGAAUUUGCAGUAGACAUAAGCUCAUUUUUAGAAUGAAAUACUGAUAUGCAAUUAAUAUGUAGAUAAAAGGAUUCUAAAGAAAUAUUUUUUUUAUAAUCGAACAUUUGUCUGCGAGCAAGAUGCAGCCAUAAAUAGAGCCACAUAUGGCUCGUGAGCCAUAGGUUCCCGACCCCUGGUCUAGAGUAUUGAGUUUGCAAUGAAACAAAUGCUCUCGUCUCCAGAGUCUUGGGUCUGCAAUGAAAUAAAUGCUCCAGAUCAGGCCUGCAUAACAUACGGCUCGUGGGCCACAUGCGGCCCACCAGCACUCACUUGGCGGCCCGCGAAGUAACGGAAUAUUCUUUAUUAUUGUUAUUUUCUUAAAAGCUUUCACCCCUUUCCUAUUAUCUUUCGGCGCGUCUUACAUUUUUCAUAAAGUAUUACGGCCCUCCUUACAUUUUGAGUUGUGAACGCCUGCUCCAGAUGAUGAACAAAUUGUUGCUCCGUGAACACCAUUAGCUAAAGGUGGAACACAUUAAUUAAACAUAAUGAGGCACCAGGCAACCCUUGAUAUGGUUUAUGCAAUGUCCCUUCUGGGCCAUGCAGGAGUACAUACAAGACGUUAGUUUUAACAAUUCUACCGUCAAUGAGGAUGUUGAAUUUGCUCAUGAUGUUAUCGUUUAGGUUAUUUUAAGACGUCAUACCUUUGGCGUAGCAAACUUCCAGCCGGCCCUGAUCACGAUAUCAUUACAAAGCUCUUAUUAUAAAAUAGUGCAUCUAAAUAUCACUGAUCACAUCUUAAUCCUCGUGUUUUGCUCCUUGUUGGUGGGAGAUGUUUCCCUUAAUCCGCAAAUUUCCCUUAACGCCAUUUGCGUAGGAGAGUUGGGGGGGGGAGAGCAAAAAUAGCCGGCCCGCCCUGGGCGGUAUGAACCCUGGCUACGCCACUGCACAACAUUCGUGGGCAAUCUCAAGGCAUCAUACAGUUGUUCGAAUUUCAUUGGAUGGUUUGUUAACACUUAAUGUAUCACGUGUCUCCCGUUGAAAUGUGAAAAUUACCACACAAAAAAUCCUUCAGGAAGUUUUGGAACGUCAGCACAUAAACACAUUGACCUACGCCCAUGUCCUGACCUUUGAACCUUCCUUCUACUCUGUUAACGUGCCAGUGAUAAAAUAAUCUUAUAUCCGGGUAUCUGGGUUGGUUAAGAAUAAAAGGUGUAGAGUAUCAGAAUUCUGUUGUUCAUAAUAGGUGUUAAAAGUGAGUGUGAUAUUAAGGCCUCUCAGAGAUAAAUGUGUGUUGAACGAAAUAUGUAGACUGAAGUGUUAUACAACCGAUGGGCAGUGAGGCAUUUGAGAGCGGGACAUGCAGGCCUGGGUUCAGAUGAAGUUGAGUGAAAUGCCCUUAUUUGCUAGAAUUUUGAAUAUAUGUAUAAUUUUAUUUUAAAACCGCCCAAUUGUUAAACAAAAGGGAGCAACACACAAUUUGAGAAUGGUGAACAAAUUUGAGAAUGAUAAACACGAUUACACUGCUAUGCAUCCGUAUUAUAGUUCAGCAUAAAACAAUUAAAUUCGGGCAUGGAAUAAUAAAAAUGUUAAGCUUUUACUGGUGUCAUCAGAGGAGUGAUAACAAUGGAAAAUAAAAGCAAGCUAUAAAUGGCAGUGUUAUGGAAAGUAUAUUUUACUAGGUGAACUAUAAGCAGACGUGCCUUUUGUGGAGAAAAAUGGUAGCUCAGCACUACAGGUGAAAGGAUCAAUGAGGACCAGUAUUGUGUGUUCGCUAAUGCACUGCUUUAAAGAGGGAGGGAUGCGUAGGAGGCGGACUAUCACCGGCAGCACUUUUUUUUUCUCUAUAUAUUGAGGGGCGGUAUUUUCGAGCAAUUUGCAGAUUUCUUCGUGUUUUGCUGCGAUACAUAGCUUUGCCAGCACCUGGCGACACUCACCAUAGCCACGCGCCCGAGUGCAGGGUUUCUUUCAGCUAUAUCUUCGGGGGGUGGCAGUGCCCCCCAGGGGAAAGCCAAGUUCCCCCGGAGCAAAAAUAUUUCCAACAAUAAAUCAACUGGAACUGCUGGCACUCCCCCCCCCCUUUCCACCCGAAAAUCUGAAGUGCCCCUCCGGUGGAAAAUUACUGAAAGAAACACUGCCUGAGUGUAGGUCUACGUUUAUUUGUGUCUCGCUUCGACUAACAAAAUUAUCGAUUAAAUUUUUUUUGGAAUUUCCUGUAAAAAGCUUAAAUAUAUUUACAUUAUUCCUAAGUCUACUUAGCAAAACAAUAAUAAAUUAAAAGUCGACUGUCAUUGAAAAAUAGAUCAAGGAAGUAAGAACUUUCUUAUACCUCUAUAUAUUUCUAAGUCGGACUCUUCAGUGGCGUAGCUAGGGUUGGUAUCACCCAGUGCGGUUAACUCAUGGUGUUACCCGUUUCCUGACUUCCACGAUGGAUUUCUUCUUGUUACAAUAAGUCCAAAGUAUGGCAAUGACAAGAACAAAAACAAAUUACUUAAAGGUUAGAAGGUAAAUGUAUUUAAUAACUGUAAAAAAUUGUACAUUAAAUUUACUUUAUAAAAAAAAAAAUUCCCAUCCCUCGUUUUCAGCCAAAGAUGCAAACCUUUUAAUCACUUGAUCAAAAUCAAUUUCUUUCCCCGUAUUACUUUCAAUUGAUAGUAGAGGCAAAUAGGAAAGCCUUGACUGUCCCAUGCUGGGUUGUUAAUAGUUCUUUAUAAGCCUUAGUUUUGAAAAUCUCCGCUCAAAUAAAGCCACAGACAUACAGAAACAAUUGAAGGCAUAGCGAGAUUAUAGGAAGAGAUUCUAGGAAGUCCCAUUCAGCUAUGAAUUUAUUUUUAUAUCAAUUACUGACCACUCCAUGACCAUGACAAAUUCAAUAUCAGCUGCCUUUGUGUGUCUUCUAAGCCUUGGUAUUUCUUUUAAAAGUUCAUCCUAUGAUAACUUAUCAUAGAAAGAGCUUCAUUUUGGAAAGGACACCACUAACUCUUUUCACUUGCUGAUAGUAGACUCUUGGUUUUCUUCACGCAGAGAGAGUCCAACAUCUAUUUAUUUUUCUCCUGCAAUUCUAUUGUUAACUCUGAAUCUUCUCUUUAUAUAAAUUCCAUAUUGUUCUGAUUUAAAAGUGCCUUUUCAAUAGCAUAUUUCAUGUGACAGCGCUUCUCGGGCAGAAACAAUCUCAAAACCUCUAUGUUGGUCACCACUUUGUCAAGAGUUAAUCCUUUAGUCUGUAGCUACGUCUUAGUAGGUUUAAUGACUUCAAGUAGAUCAGCCCAAGGUUCAAGGUAGCAGAGAGACGAGAAAUCGCAGACAGCAUGCAAAUGACCUUGUGCUGUAUGAAAAUCGUGCUCAAAUAUUUACGGGCGGUGCUGGUGAUGAAUCGGCGAGUAUUACUGGGUUUUGAUAUAUUUGGGUUCAAAUCCCACUUUUUAAAAAAAGUUAAAUUAAUUUAAAUUAAGUACUAAAAGAUAUACAAUUUUGUACAAUAUUAUUUUGUUCACCCUAUAAUGGUACAAAAAGUCAUUUUUUUAAAAUUGUUUUUUUAAUUUUAACAAUUCAAUUCAAUUACUUAGAAUCACCCGACCCCAUCGUAUUUGGUAUCAAGGGAAACCUUUAUUACUCAGAAUUAAGAUUGUUGUUGCUUCCGUUCACUUACGAAACAAUUCAAUUCAAUUACUUAGAAUCACCCGACCCCAUCGUAUUUGGUAUUAAGGGAAACCUUUAUUACUCAGAAUUUAGAUUGUUGUUGCUUCCGUUCACUUACGAAUGUUACUGAACACUUCAAUCGGCGUUGAAACAUGGUCAAAACGGUGUUUUUUCUGAACUAGUUAUAGGGCCCCUUUACUUCUGACACAUCAAGAUUGAACUUUUAUUACAGAAUGUAUUUGGAUUGGUUCCAUGUGUAGAAAUGUUGCGUGUUAUUGGUAACCCUUUUAUGAAAUUCGUUUAGAUCGAGCUGUCUGUGCUCUGUAAAUAUGCCAUUUUCAAUUUGGUGUCACCCCCUGGGAUGGCGUCACCCGCAGCGGUCCGCACCCCGGCACCCGCUAGCUACGCCACUGGGACUCUUCAACCAGCGCCUCGAGACUAACAGGACAACAACUAUGGUAUCAAGGAUUAUUAGAGUUGUAAAGCGAUCCUUUAUUACACUAUUGAGCGUUUGCAUGUAUCACUCAAAUGUCUCUAAAUGUAGCAUUGCCCUUGUGCUUGUUCCUUCCCGCCUGCUGACGUCAUCGCCAGAUUUACGAGCCUGGCAAACGGUUGACACUCAAAGCUUUUAUUAUACAACCCCCGAACUGCACCUGAUUACUUGUAUUUGUCUAAAUUUUGGUUUAGGGUUCGAAGAAAUUUCCCACAAUGCAGGUCAGCGGGUUUCAAGGGUGAAGCGAGCGGUAAUCUCUAGCGAGCUGCCAAUAACAGAUUUUGGCUGGUCAGGACGUCCAGGUUUGAGAAGCUUUUUUUAUUAUUUUUUUUUUCAAUACCUUGUCGUAAAAUGUGAAUAGAUCCUACUCUGAUUAUGAAGUGAGAUUUUGAAUACCGGCAGAAGGAAGUAAAUAAAUAUACGUACCUUAUAAAAGCAUUUACGACCCUGACCAUUUUGCCCAUAGUUAUUCUCUACCUAGGUGGUUCUUAAACCGUUGACAUGUUAUUGGAAUAUGCCGAACUAGAGAUUUGUUUCCACUGCACACUAUGUCACGUGAAGUCGAUAAAUGGCAAGAAACCAUUUUUUGUGGUUUACAUUUUGUCUUUACUCAGCAAAUAUGCAAGAUGUUAAAAAAGAAAAUAUUCCAUUAAAUACACAAUGUUGAUUAAUGAUUUAAUAUUCAAUUUUAAAUAAUGAUUUAAUAUACAAUGUUGAUUAAUGAUUUAAUAUGCAAUGUUGAUUUAAUAUUCAAUGUUGAUUAACGACUUUGCGAUGAUCUGAUGAUGCAACAAUGCGAUAUGAAAGCAAACUGUGAGGUUCUCUUCUAUUAAUUGAAAUUCGAUGUAGUUGAUAGAGGCACUUUAAGGCACUCGGGAUGGUGACGUCAACGUUGAGCUGACACAGCUUAAAUUGAUAUUGGGUAUAAGAAUUCCAAAGUUUGAGAGAUCGUAACAAGGGUUUCUGCUAGAGAAGAAAAGUUUAGCAAUGUUACUCUAUUUUAUGGAAGGUAGUUAAUACAUUGGUACUUUUUGCAUUUAAAAGUAAAAUAUUCUUCUUGGAACAUGCUUAUUUUUAAUCCAGUCAUUUUUUUUUGUUGGCAUAAAAGUAAAUAAAUGAAUAAAUAUUUCCUAACAUUGUAAAUUAGGAAUAGUGACAAGUGACUUUAAAUUAUAAUGUUGAAAUAACUGGUAUCAAUUCAAUUAUCAUUAAAUAAUAAAGGCUAAUUAAUGCUAAUAAAUAGAAGAUUCUAGAUACCAUACAAUAUUUAUCAGUAUGCCUAAUUAUCAUACUUCAUCAUGUGAUACAAUUUUUUGUAAAUAUUCAAAUAUACCGGUAUGUCAUAUUUUAAUAUCUUACUGAAUAACUAAAGACCAGAGUCUCUUAGAAAACUCCCUUUUUGGUAUAGCUUUCUUAACGUGGUUGACAGAUGGAGCUGAUUAUUGUACUAAGGGGAUGAGAAAUUAGUCGCAAAGGUGAAGUAGCGGUAAACAUUAGAGCACCCAUUGUUUAGAAGAUUUGGAUGAAUCUUAAAUAUGUUUCGGAUAAAGAAAUCCUUAUUGCCGUUGAUGUUAUUAAGCUUAUUGCAUCUUUUGUGUGAUUUUCCUACCAGAUUCGCCUCCCAAGAUAACUUGCCCCAUUAUUGGCGACACCCACUAUGCUGACAAAGGAAAGAUCACAGCGAAAAUAUCUUGGGAAAAGGCAAAGGCAUAUGACGAGGAGGAUGGUGUUAUUCAGUAAAUUAUUUAUUUAUCGCUGUAAAAUUCUCUGUGUUAUACUUAAUGAUGUAUUUGAUAGACAAAUAAUAUUUAUAAAUAAAUAAAUAAAUAAAUAUAUAUAUAUAUAUAUAUAUAUAUAUAUAUAUAUAUAAAUAUGCCAUAGAAUGUGAUAAUUUAAAGUUUUAAUUCAAUUUUAAAAUAAUAAAUUAAAACACAGAAAUAAGGGAAACAUUUUAACAACACAUUUAAUGUGCUUGGAAGCGUUCGAAAAAAAAUUCAAUUUAAAACAUUUGAAUUAGAACACAGAAUUGAUUGUGCUUGUACGCGUCUGACGCUAUUUAAUAUUGAUUUCGUGGCUGGUGUUAAUUUUUCAGAGUAACCAAAAUUCAGGGGCAAGAACAAGGGUCGGAUCACUCAUUUGGAAAUCAUGUCGUGGGUUAUGUGGCCUUUGAUUCAGUGGGGCAAAGUGCGCUUUGUUCAGUUAACUUCACGGUCAUUGGUAAGAAGUAAAAAGUCUUCUUUUUUUCUUAUUUUUAAAAACUUUUUUGAGGAAAAAAAAAUGGAUCGCUAUGUCCUACAAAGCCUGCUAUGCAUAUCCCCUUUCAACAUAGUUCGUGAUUCUUCGUGGCGGUACUUUCAAAUGAGAAAAUUUAGAUAUUUUAUCAAUCAUAAGUAAAAACAAUAACAAAUUAUUUAAUACUGGCAAUAAUAAUCACAAAUAAUUCUUUUGUUUUAAAUUAUAAUGUUGAAACUAAAAAAAACUAAAGAAAAAAUGGGCGGAUUUUUUCAUCACGUUGUGAAUGUAAAAUUAAUUUUUAAAUAAUUUAUAGGUCGACUCCUUAAAACAAAUUCAUAACCAUUUAAUUUGGUGUGAGUAUCCCAACACUUUGUAAAUUGUUUCAACGGAAUUCGACUUCAAUACAUAGUCACUUUCUGGCAAAUGCCAUUUAUAGAUGUAAGUUAUUGAAAAUAAAAUAAGUUAGAAUAAAAUCAGUGUUAAAUCCAUAAAUGAUCUGAAGGAUCGUACAAUAGCCCCAACUAUAUUUUGAUACGAACAGUUUUAAGAUGUCCAUAUGAACUGACCUACCUCUACCAUGGAGUUGUGGCGUGUGACCAGGUGGACAACUCCAACAUUUAUGGUAGUAAGUGCUCUUACACCUGUGAUGUUGGCUUCGAGCUGGUUGGGGCACCUGGUGCCGAGUGUCUGAAAAAUGAAACCUGGAGUAAUCUCAAACCAAGUUGCAAAGGUGAGAGUCUUAAAGAUCAUAAGGGAAGCUUCAUUAUUUUGAUAUAGCGGGUACAUAAAAAGUUGUGGUCUUUAUAUAUUAUUAGACACUGAAUAUAUUUAUGUUAAACAUGUUGUUUUAGUUAAUCAGCUAAUUAUAAGAGUGUUUUAGCAGAUCAUGUUGACAAAGAGAUUUAAAAAAAAAACAAAAAAAAACAAUAGCAACAACAAAAAAUAUCUUUUCUCUUUCCGAGGGACAAGAGCAUUAGGGACACGCUCCUUAGAAAGAUGCCAACCUAACCUGUUGUUAAAGCACACAUAGGCACUAAAAGUUGCAACCGUAGCCAUUGUAACACAUGUACCCAUGCCAAUGAAGUUGAUAAGGUCAUUUUAACUUUGGAAAUAUUCAGACUCGAAGAUGGUUUUGCUUGCAAAAGUCACGACGUGAUUUACACCAUGGUUGUAACAAUGUCAUUUUUACACCAUCAUUGUAACAUCGUGAUUUACACUAUCCUUAGUAAAAAACAUCGCCUUGGAGACCAUUUUAAUAGACACGUACAAUGGAUAAACAAGCUCUGUGUUCAGUGUCUAAAAAAAUUCAAUAAUGCCAACCACUAUGGAAUAUUAUACAUUGAAGUUCCUGGUAUAUUGUAUGCGUAUAUUUAUUUACACAAGUUGUCUCAUUACUAAAUCUUGUUUUAGGUAACACAAUAUAAGUAUUAUGUGAAAGAAAUCACAGGAGCUGAGAGGCCUACACAAUAAAAUCUGAAAAUUGGCCAUGGAAUUAUGUAAAUCAAGAUUUAAUUGUAUGAUUGUAUGGCUUAGAAGUUUGGGAUCAUACAUAAAAAUGACAUUCGUAAAUAGGAAAAGGGUGGGGGGGGUCGUUUCGAAAUGGACCACUGCGGACAUUAGCGGGAGUGGGGUGUGAAGGAUUUUGAAACAUUAAUAUCUCUAUAAUGUCUUAUGCGGACGUCUGCAACCAGGGUGGUGUUUAGGGGUGUGGGUAAAGUGGUGUUCCACAUGUUGACUGUCAGACUGCCAUUUGUACUGGAUUGGUUAAUUCGCCACGUUCUUUCACACUGUUGGAAUACGUCGUGCUUAUAUUGAAUCAACUCAAGUCCAUUAUCACAAUAACUAAUUAAAUGCACAGGCUUUCAUUUUCAUAAACACAUGCAUUUAGCGCAGCUCGCUAUCAGACAGAAAUAAAACACAUCCUACCUCCACAAAGUUCCAUCCACGACUGCCAGACGAAUAAAACGUACGUCACAAAACAGCCUAAACAGACGUCAUCGUGAGCUUAAAAAUACUCACAGAGUCACACGCGAGAAGAGCAUUCACUAGCUGAUUAAUUUUAGAAAUGAUACAAAUAAUUUGUUGAAGAGAUUUUAUGAAUUGAAGGCCUGGCCUUAAAAAUUACUGAGUCGUACAAAACAUUGAUGAUAAGGUCAUUAAUUAUCAGUAAUUGUCUGACGUGCCUCAAUAUGUUUACUAUUCGAAAUUAUUGAUGCAGUAACUAUAAAUACAAUGCCACCAUUAUAUAUCUUAAUGAGUUGAGAAAUGAGCUAAAAUUUUAAUAACACUUACAUUUAGAGUAAAGAGAAUCCCAUAUUGAUAUAUAUUUACUCCAGCUGUCUCCUGUGGAGCACCGUCAAGUUUGGAGCAUGGUAUAUUGGUCUGUAGCAGUUUGGAGUACUCGUAUGGCUCAAUGUGUUUGGUCUCCUGUCAGAUGGGAUAUGCCGUGAGUGGAGAGGAAAAGAUAACGUGCCAAGCCAACAAAGCAUGGACAUCUCCUGGCCAGUGUCUAAGUGGGUACUAAAUUCUAACACAAUAUUUUGUAUGGACUUCUCCUGGCCAGUGUCUGAGUGGGUACUUAAUUCUAACACAGUAUUUUGUAUGGACAUCUCCUGGCCAGUGUCUGAGUGGGUACUAAAUUCUAGCACAAUAUUUUGUAUGGACAUCUCCUGGCCAGUGUCUGAGUGGGUACUUAAUUCUAACACAAUAUUUUGUAUGGUCAUCUCCUGCCUGUGUCUGAGUGGGUACUUAAUUCUAGCACACUAUUUUGUCUGGUCAUCUCCUGGCCAGUGUCUGAGUGGGUACUUAAUUCUAACACAAUAUUUUGUAUGGACAUCUCCUGGUCAGUGUCUGAGUGGGUACUUAAUUCUAACACAAUAUUUUGUAUUGACAUCUCCUGGUCAGUGUCUGAGUGGGUACUUAAUUCUAACACAAUAUUUUGUAUUGACAUCUCCUGGUCAGUGUCUGAGUGGGUACUUAAUUCUAACACAAUAUUUUGUAUGGACAUCUCCUGGUCACUGUCUGAGUGGCUACUUAAUUCUAACACAAUAUUUUGUAUUGACAUCUCCUGCCUGUAUCUGAGUGGGUACUUAAUUCUAGCACACUAUUUUGUCUGGACAUCUCCUGGCCAGUGUCUGAGUGGGUACUUAGUUCUAGCACAAAUUUUAUACGGACAUCUCCUGGCGGGUACUUAAUUCUAGCACAAUAUCGUAAUAAAAUUUCUGAAUUAUAUUUAAAAUUUAAAUAAGGGCUAUUAACAAAAUCAUUUUCUUCAAUCUUAAAGCUGUAACUAUGUGUUGUUCCCUUUGUCUGAUGUAGCACAGAGUUGCACACCAGUGUACAUCCCAGAAAACUCUGUUGUCUCCUGCUCAGACGGCACACUGUUUGGUUCUGUAUGCAGCAUGAAAUGUUCAGAUACCUUUGAGCUCCAGGGCGACUCAUUGGUGACAUGCCAAGGCAACAACACCUGGAGCAGCAAUAACACCAUUUGUAUACGUAAGACUUUGCAUUGCAUCUUAAUUUCAACAAAAGGUAGCACAAUUUCAAAUUCACUAUAGAACAUUCUGGGCAUAAGAAGAGACAUGCAAAGGGCAACAUAGCUCCAUGUUGAAAUCUUGUGGGUCUCUACCCAAAUGAUUAAAAUUGACUCCUGGAAACAUGUACCGUCUUUUGCAUCAAAAUAUUUCACUCCCAUAAUAAAGAUCAAAUAAAAGGAAGCUUAAAAAUAAAAACAUCACUAAGGUGGAAAAAAUGGAAUACAACUCACAUAAAGGUAACAUUUUAUUUUAUAGACAGACAUUUGAAAUUGAUAGUAUUUGUUAACGAUGUUAAUAGACAGACAUUUGAAAUUGAUAGUAUUUAUUAACGAUGUUAAUAGACAGACAUUUGAAAUUGAUAGUAUUUGUUAACGAUGUUAAUUUUUAAAUAAAAAAAAUCAUUUUCUUAUAAAACAACUAUAAUUAAUAUAAAUAAAGACGUAAGGAUUUAUCGCCACAUCGUAAUAUUGCUCUAACGUCUUCUACUUUUGCUCCAAACUCAGCAAACUGCCCCACUCCACUCUCACCUUCACACAGUCGCUAUAUUUGUGACAAUGGGCAACGACGUGAUGCCAUAUGCAAUCUUCAAUGUGACCCAGGCUUUGAACCUCAACUUCCCAUCAGUAUUACCUGUAACUCGGACAUGACAUGGUCUAAAUCUGGAUCUUGUUUAGGUAUGACCAGCUUCUUUCAAUUUAGCAAAUGACAAUGAUUAUCUCACAAGACCAUUUAACCGCAAGCCUUCAAGUUCACUAGGUAAUAAAAAGGACCAAAUAUAUAAAUCAAAAUUGCACAAUUUAUUAUACUAAAAAAAAAUAAAGGAAAAGAAAGUAGAGUAAAAGUAUAUCAAUAAGGAAAAAAUAAAUAAAACGAAGCAGGUGAAAGCGAAAAAUUAGUUGAACACAAUAAACGAAAACAAUCGAUCAACAUUCCAAAUCUGAUGAUUAACUUGAUCUAUAUAUACAUUUUUUCUUGUGUACUCUUAGCAUACAGAACACUGACUACUACAAUGUCAAAUAUCCCAUUAUGGUUAACGCUCUAAAAUUUUCGGACAUGAAGCAUAGUGUUAUUUUGCGAAUGUAAAGUAAAUCUUAGAAUAGCUUUUUAUAGAACGACUGAGAAAGAAAAGAAAUGUAUUUUAAAAGUCACUUUGAGUAGGUAAAAUUCAGCUGGAAAUAGUAAAAAUAAAUAUUUGAGGGUGACAUUAUUUUGUGAAAGUUAACACCAUACAUCCAAAGGUAGAGCUAUGGUGAAGCCGGAAUGAAGCAAACACUAAUUACAUUUUUAAAACGAGAUUUAUUUACAGUUUCAUGCUACUUCAUAUUUCAUGUAAAGCAGUGAGGUGGUUGGGGCGUCUGGUGCCGAGUGAUUACGUCUUUAGUGUAAAAAUAAUCGAUUUGAUGAGUAACGGAAGGGAGGGACAUGAUUUCAAAGAGAUUUGACAAAUUUUGAUACUUUGAAAACUUGAUUUAUAAAAUUCUUAAACCCCAUUAAUAGAAGCCAUAUUUUUAAAAAAAAUUCUUCAAACAGAUAAGAUGGCGCCGGUCUUCCCUAAAGGUUGUACUGAUGAUAUGGAGCUUCACGCCACGGGCUUGGGUAGACCAACAUUGGUCAACUAUACCAUGCCUCCAGUAGAAGACAACUCUGGCGACAGCGUCACUUCCUCUGGAGUUCCAGCUCCAUUUUCAGCGUUUCCGGUUGGCCAAACUGUUGUAACAAUCACAGCAACUGAUUCAAGUGGCAACAAUGCAACUUGUCAGUUUAAUGUUUCUGUGCAGUGUAAGCAAUUAAAAAAAAACAACAACUAUUUAACUAUAAGAAACAAUUUUGUCAUAUAUACAUAUUUCAUUUACUUGAUCAUACUAAUUAUGGCUUCUGAAAAUUUAUUUCAUGUAUUCAAGUUUGAAAUUAUCAAGGAUCCCUUGAAUCCAUUAUUUUUAAAUUAUGACAUAUCUAGAUAAGGACAUUGUCAUAGCACAUACAAUGUUUUAGUCGUCAAAAGUUAGAAAAUAUAGGGCACACCAUGUCCUUAUGACAUAGUGUAAUUAAUCCAUUGAAUUGAUUUAGAUAUGGGUAGUUAUUAUUUUUAUUUGAGUUUUUGAUUUGAGGCUACGAGGGUUUUAAAGUGAAUCUGUGGAAGUGUGGAAAAGGAUGGAUCGUUCAAGAGGAUAAUGUUAGUGAUGGUUGAAGAAUGUUAGAAGUUUCUAGGUAAACAAUAAGAUUUAAGCAUUUAAACCAGCUCAUUCAAAAUGGUUAACAACAAUUAAAUUAAAAUAUUUACAGACUUAAUUAUUGACAUAAAUUAAUUUUAAAAAUGACAAUUUUUUUUCAAAAUUUCUUUUAGAUUAUUUGUGUAAGAAUCCCAAUGACGUCAACAGUCAGGGCAAAAAUAUACACUAUAAUUGUUCUGAUGGCUUUAUGGUGGGUGCUGUGUGUGUGGCUACUUGUAUUAACGGAUCAGCCGUUAAGGGUGCUACAUCGGUUACAUGUGAAUGGGUAGUAGGCAGCGAUGUGGCACAGUGGACGUGGUCAGGCAGCUUUGGUCCAUACUGUCAAGGUCAACAUUUACACUUAAAAAAAUAUUAUUCAAGAUGUUUAAUUGUAUCAAUUCUAAAAUUAUUAUGAAACAUUUAAAAUUCGCUUUCUGUUAUUUACUGACAAACUGUUACGUUGAAUAUUUGAACUCUAAAUCACAGAAGGUCAAAGGUUUUUAAUAAUUUGUAUGAGGCUUAAUGAGCCUUACAAAACUUUGCCAAUAACCAAAAAAACAAAAACAAUGUAUAGCCGUAGUUUCUAAACUAUGUCAUGUUUAUCCAUUGCAAACUUCUGCACCUUAGAUCUGUGCCACCCUGGCCAAAACUCAUCCAAUGGGAAACAGCCCUGUCAGCCUUGCCUUAAAGGAACUUACCAAUCAAACUUUGGUAACUCAUCAUGUGACAUCUGUCCCUACGGAAUGUCCACCGUGAUCAGGGGAGCAGAAACAGAGGAUGCAUGUGAACGUAUGUUUUCAGUUUAAUUCUAACAUAUUUUGUUUUGGGUCAGAUCUGUGAAGACAAAAAUUUUCAACUUUAACCCUAUGAGUGUCUGGUUUCUUUCAGCACAGAUUCUUGUCUUUUAAAUGAAAUAACUAGAGGUUUCUUUGUAGGUAAAUGUUCAACUCAUGGUUGUUUUUAAAUGAUUAUAAACGUUUUCCCCAUUUGUUUUGAUUCUGAUUCAAACUGAAAUAAUAAAAUUGAACUCAACAAUCUUCCAUACCAUGAUGGACAAAAUCCUUAUAUUUUUAUAAUUAUUUUAUGACUUUUUUUUUUAAAUUUCCAGCCUUUGACUUGCCAAUCAUACUUAACAUGAGCUACCCCUUUAUCGCCAUGUAUGAAUUCAAACCAAGCUCACUAACCAUGCUGACGUGGAUAUAUGUCAGGUCCCAGGUGCCCAACACGAUUUUGAAAUUUUCCCUAAGGUCAAUCAUUGGGUCUGCUUUUCUCAGCCUGGAUGCUGUUGGGGUCUACAUCCUUCCAGUGGAAACUACAGACAAGACGCCAAUAAGGUAUAGAGAAAGGAAAGUUGAAUUGUUUACUUUUGAACAGGAAGUAAUGUGUUCCUUUUGAAUAUAAUGUAAAUUGUUGAAAAAUCUUGGAAUUGUGAUGUGUUCUAAUGAUGUGAUAUGUUCAUAGAUUGUUUUUUUAAAAAUUAUUCUAUAUUAUUCUAUAUUAAUGUAUCCAAGCUAAAUAUUUGUAAACAUUAAUUUGUUUAAAAAUUAUUCAAAUUGUUUAUAAUAAUUGUCAUAAGUUUAAAUUAACUAAUUGUCUUAUGCAACCCUAGAUAACCAUUCCGUUAACAAGAGAAGUAACAUAGAUAGGCCAACAUAUUUUUGCAGGAGUCAUGCCAAGGGUUGCAAGUAAACAUUAUAAAGUCUACCUUUUCUUACUAUUACUUACAAUAAUAAAGCUUUAUGAAAGUACAUAGUUGGCUUCUUAUGUCAGUUGUUUUAAUUUUUGUUUUUUCUUAGAAAAUGGUACCAUGUGGCUCUAACUUUUCUCAAUGAAAAUGUGACAUUGUACGUGAAUGGAGAACCUAAAGACAACGUGAAAGGUCUCUGGGUCUCUGAUCUUUGGAAAAAGACGUUUAUAUUGAAAUUUGAAGGCAAUGCAAUAAAUUUCAUCACAAAUAGUAAGUAACUGUUACAAUUGUGUACACAGUGACUUGAAAAUGAGUACAUGUUACACUGAUGUACACUAUAAUAUGAAAAGUACUUGCAAGAUAAAGUUUAAAAAAUAGUAAGGAUAUGUACUAAUGUGCGAUAUUACUCACUUUACAAGAAUGGCUCAGUAAAAAGGCCCACUGAGCUGGAAAUAGUGACAUACCUUUGUUUAUGUGUGUGUUGUGGAGGGGGGGCCUUAGGUAUGUAGCUCACCUCUGUUAUUUUCGGUACAGGAAGAGAUCCUUUUUUAUAUGAAAAUUGGUUUUUAAUUGUAGGAUCACAGCGAAAUUUGUGCCCCAGUUUUAUGCUUUUCAUUUUGUUUGUUCCAGAGAUUGUCUUAGGUGGUGUGCAGCUCACUCCUAAAUAUUUAUUAGAAGCAGACGUGAGAGAAUUUAUAACAACCUGUAAAAAGAAGAUGGAGGAUAAUGUCCUUGUGGCACUUGUGAUAGAGCCAACCAUGGAAAAACCAAGUACUUGUGAUGGUAAGAUGAAUGACAUUAAAACACGCAGAGUUAAGGAAUUGUAUCAUAAUUUCGCUUGAUUUGUUCAAUAAUUAUUUUUAAAUAACUGUUUUAAUCGACACAAACAACAACUGACUGGACUUCAUCUGUUGUUUCCAAAGCUUUACCAGGUAAAAUUAAGUCAAUUUUUCAAUAAUAAAAAUUUAAAGUGACGUUUGCAGUUGACUACUGGUGACUUAAAAUUUUCAUUGUUUAGAGCAAUGACUCUAAAAAGCUUACUCAAUAUUCAUCUUUUUUAUAAAUGAUUUAGAUAUUAUAUUUCAAGUUGCAUUGCAAUAUUUAGUCAGUGAAACAUUCAUGUUUUGAAACUAAAGACCAACAUUUUAAACAGUGUUUACAAGAUCUAGUGGGAAUUUAAAUAAAAAAUAAGCAGAUAUCAUUCUCAUAAAAAAUGUUUGCCCCUUAACCCUAAACCCUAACUUUUCCCCAAAAUCAUAAACUUUUGUUUCAAGUGGUGGAUGACUGCGUCGGAGACCCGUGUGGUCAACAUGGCGUGUGUUUUGAUGAGCCUGGCAGAGCCAGAUGUGUGUGCGACGCCUACUGGUCAGGCGAGAGGUGUGACUUCCAACCAAACUAUUGUAAUGGUCACUUGUGUGCUAAUGGAGCUACAUGUGUAAGCAACGCUGGCUUUAUGAACUACACGUGUGUGUGUGCUGAUGGUUAUAGUGGCGUCUUUUGUAAUCAAACAGUUGGUAAGUAAAAAUAAAAAAUAUCUUAGAAAGCAGAAAUUGCAUUCUAAAGAAAAUGUUUUUUUUUAGUAAAUACUUUUUAUAAUUAUUAUUAAAUUAUUCAAACAUUUUGCACAAGACCUAAAGAGCUAAUCUGGUAUCUAAAGAACUUAGGUUGAGCCCAUGAACUUUCUGCAGUCCUUGAAUUUAAUUUCUCUUAAAGUUACUUAGUAUGAGAAAAAAUGUAUAUAUUACACCUAUAAUUGGACUGGUAAAGAUAAUGUUAAGCGUAGAGAAAGGAUUUUUUUCAUUUUAAAUUGAAUAUUUGUUCCCAGUUUAUGGCAACUGGAGCUCUUGGGGACUGUGGUCAACUUGUUCAGUUUCAUGUGGACUAGGUCAGAGGUCAAGGCAACGCCAAUGUAACAGACCCAGAUCAGAUGGCGUUAAUUGCCUUGGAUUAAAUGUGGAUUACCAAAGGUGUUAUGGAUACAAAUGCCCAGGUAAAAAAAAACUCUUAUUCUUUCUAAUCCCUUGAUUUUAAACAGUCUUCCAGUUUCCUUUUUUUUUAAACAAAGUAGCAUUCAUCCGUUUGAUUUAAAUAUGUUUACUUCAUAACACUGAUUAUCUUAGUGGUAUGUGUGUGGCAUAGGAUUUUAUAUUUGUAGACCACAAAUGAUGAAGUAAUGUAUAGCAUUUUUGUUACUCAAAAGUUGAUGGAGGCUAUGGUGGAUGGUCCGAGUGGUCGAAAUGUAGUGUAACAUGUGGUGGGGGUGUGGCCACAAGAAGGCGUGUCUGUGACAGUCCUGUGGUCAGCAUGAGUGGAGCGGACUGUGAUGCUAGUCUGGCUACAGGCAGCAUGCAAUGCAACACUGGACCUUGCCCAGGUAGGUCUUACACCAAUUGUUCUACUUUAGUAGACCUACUCAUUAUUUGUUCAUUAAUUCUAGAAUUAUUUGUUCAAUAUGUGAUGCAUUAAAUUUUUUCUGGAUUAGGGAAAUUCUAAGAAAUAAACUUUUAAUGAAAAUUUGACAAGAUUACAAUUUAACACUUAGACCCUUUUCACAAUAGCAUGUCGAGUGCUUUCUACCAGAGCCGGUCAUGCAUCAUUAACAUGCUCAGACAACCCAGAAGGGACAGUCAAAACUUGCAAUAUUCAAUGUCGGCCUGGACUGACAAUCAUGCCGGACACUGUUAACAUCUUCCGGUGUGGACUUUUAUCAAGCUAUAGAUGGUCUCACCAAACUGACCAAAAUCCUGAAGCUUUCUUACCAGACUGUUCUGGUGAGUCAUCAAGUCAUCUCAUGUCUCUGAAAGAAAUGUAGGCCAAAUAUUUACUAACAUAAUAAUCUAUGUACUCAAAUAGAGCUACUUAUAAAUUUGGUUUUUCUUCUUUUCAAACUCAGAAAAUUUGCAUUAUAAAUAAAUAUUACUUAAUUAGUUUUCUUUACACGUUUAUGUUAGUUGGGGUAUUUGGGAAGUUGAUAAUACACUGCUUUUAUUAUACAUAUACAUGAUAACAUAACUUAAUUUAAAAAAUUAGUUUGCAAAAUAACUGUUUUUCGUGAGUUUUUAUUUAGGAACCAUAAUGUAUUAAAGGAAAUGUAGUUCUUGAAUUAAAAAAAAAAAAUUAAAUAUCUUCCAGAAACAAAACGACCUUCAAAAGUUACAUUAAGGCUGACAUUUCAGUAUGACAAUGUGAGUAAAUCAAUGGCAGGUGAACUUAUUGAAAGAAUCACGGCAAAUGUUAAUCAACAAUUGGAUUGUAUCAAGACCAACUCCUGUGCCUUCAAUGUCACCCUGACAUGCACAUCUUGUAAAUAUUCUGAGAACACAACUGAUGUAUUGGGUGGUAAGUUCACCUCAUCCAAUUCACAAAUAAAUAAAAUCUGAGUUUAAUAAACACUAUUUUUUAAAAUAAAUUAUUUAAAAAACUAAAUCAGAAUUUAAUGACUUUUGUUUAUUGCAUUUUUAAAUCAUUAAUAACAUCCAAUCCUGUCAUGGGAACAGUAAAUAUUAUUAUUUGUAUUGUUUAAUAUUUAACAGGAAUAUCAAGCCCAAUCGUUGGAACAAUUACUGUUGAAACUAAUGCUAACCUGAUACCUGUAGUACCUCAGUACCUCAGUAAACUUUCAGGUAAACAACCUAGUCCAAGUUUAAAAUGUAAAAUGUAACAAAAUACAUUAAUUGCAUAAUUUUAACGAGAAAAGGCUAAAACUUCAAACAUAUUUUAAAUAAAUACAGUUUUAUUCCUAACUAAAAAAAAAAAUGAAAGUUCUUAUUCAAUUCAUUAAAAAAAAAAUUUCUUAUAGUUUUUGAGACUGAAAGCACAAAUUGGUGUUUAAUAACCAUAUAUGCCAAUGAAUGUGGCUCAUUUUUAAAUGAACUGUUGUUGUUUAGCGUGAGACUUCGGACAUUACAUAGGAUUGCAAUUUUUUUGUGUGUGGUAUAGAUCAGUGUUUCUCAAAUGGUUGUCCGCUGACCAGCGCGGUCCGUGAAUUUUACGUUGCUGGUCAACACAACAUGAAUUUUUAUGAUCGAAUAAAAAAAGAAAAUUUAAUUUGGUCAAUCUGGCACCAGUUCCUGAUGCAAUUUCAAAAUGUUUCCACCUGGCGUAGGUAACUUAAGAAACUUGUCUGGUGAUAUAAAACAGCUUUUAAAAAAAAAUUCUUUUAUUAAUAAUAAGUACUUUAGUGCUACUCAUCUUUUUAUAGGCGUUAGUAUAAUAAUCCCCACACAUUACGUUUGCCACUUUGGCCUAUGGGUUGCAAAAAGGGAAAAGUAUCUAACCCAACUAUAUCUUAUGUAGUUUUCCUUCAACGUGAUAUACUCUCUGCAGACACUGAGAGACAAUUAGAAAUUCUCAGAGCUGAGACUAUACUUCAACUGGUGAACGAUACCAGGGUAAUCCUCAGCUUCUCCAUAGGCCAGGAGCAGCAUAUUGGGAGGGCUUUAGCAGCAAUAAUAACUGCAAUCUGCCAAGACGGAGCUGGAUUGGUCAAUGGCUUUUGUGGUAAAUGUUCUUUGUGAAUAAGUAAGGUGUUAAGUUAACUCGUUCAUUUCCUGCAUGGCAGGAGACUGAAGAAGCAGUACAACUUUUUUAUGUCGAUGUCAAAAUAUUUAAGCAUUUCGGGCAUAAUUUUAUUUUCAUUAGAUUUUAUCCUUUUGCAUUGCGUUAGUGAUAUAGAGCGACCAUCAACUUUUAAAGAUUUAUCAUGGCAGUGUUUGAAUCACACAUAUAAACAAAUGUAAUAGAAAUAAAUAAUUGAAAUGAGUUAAAGACUCGUUCAAUAUAAAGAUAUUUAAUAACACAUCUAUUAUAAAGAUAGUUUAUGACUUAUACAUUAUAAAGAUAGUGAAUGACUCAUAAAUAUUAAAACGACUUGAGAUGAACAAAAACCCUAUAUUAUGAUAGUUUUAAAUAAAUUGCUUAUUUUGUUUAGUUUUCAAACCAAUGCAGUAUUUAAUUUUUUUUUAAAAAUUCCUUUUGGCUUAGUGGACUGCCCAGCAGGCUCGUAUUUGGCAUUGAAUGGAUCGUGUGUUUUAUGCAGUCCUGGGACUUACCAGAAUCAAACACAGAUGACGUCAUGUGUUCCAUGUCCUAAAUGUAUGCCAUCCUCAUCUUCAUGCUAAUUAGUUUUGUAAUACGCCUUUGACAAAAGGUUUUGUAGUUUUUUGAUUUGUUAAACCAUAAUCAAUUUCAAAAAUCAAAUCAACUGCAACACCUUUUGUUUAAGUUGUUGAUGUUUUUGGUAUGAGUUGCUAUGUGUUCAAACAUGAAAAAAAAAAAAAAAAUUUUGCCCUGCUGUUAAAAGUUAUCUUUAUAAAAACAACAAGAAGAAAAAACAAAAAAACAAAAAACUACACAGUCAUUUUCAUUGAGUAUACGAUAUGUAAGUUUCACAGAAGAUUAUUCAUAAACUGUGGCUUUAGGAUAUUUAAGUCCAUAGAAAAUAAAUGUGGAAAGGGUUUUUUAAAUCGUUAGUUCUUCUGAUUUUUAACAAUUUCAGGACUGCUGCUUUGAUUUUGUUACAAUGGCUUAGAGUAUUUCUAUCACUUCUGAUAACUAGACAAGUAUCUAUGUAUCAUACAUAAAACUGGUAUCCAUGUACCAUACAGAAAGCUAGUAUUCAUGUAUCAUACAUAAAGCUAGUAUCCAUGUAUCAUACAUAAAGCUAGUAUCCCUUUAUCAUACAUAAAACAAGUAUCCGUGUAUCAUGCAUAAAACUAGUAUCCAUGAAUCAUGCAUAAAACUUUGAGAAAAUGACGUGUACCAGCUAUUCUCAGGGUCAGAUGAAAUAACAGGUUUGAUGUUUGAUCUCUAUAGCAGUCAACCGAAAGAGACUUAUUUUAAUCAAUUACAGGUCGACCACACUUACUAAAGGGUAACUUUUUUUAUAAAUUGUUCCAGGUCUCCUGUUGAAUGAAUUUUUAUGAAUUAAAGUAUUGGAAUGAACAAUAAUGAACGUAUCAAACAGUGUUGUUUGCAUCAUGCUUGUGAACAAACACAUUCUAAGGUCACUGGAGUAAUCUACAAGAAUCAAAUAAUUCAACGUUUUCAUGCCUGUUUAUUUCUGUAUUAUCUAAAGGAACAAGUUUCUUUUAAAAAUAAUGGUAAUGUGUUCACCAGGAUUAUGACUAGGAAUAUGACAUCAAAGUAAGCAGAUAACUUGUAAGGAUGAGUAAUGCUAUUUCUUUUUUUUUUUUUUCUAUAGGCAAGACAAACCUAGGUUAUGGAGCAUAUUUAUUGACACAUUGCACCAACGACAGCCAACCAGCGUGUAAUGCAUCUCCACCAGGCCCCACAGGUAGGACAUACGGCUUAUCCAAGUCUACAAAAAAUUUUACAUUCUACUUAAAUGGACAUUUUUGUUAGUCAGCAUUCUUUUUUCUGGUAUUUCUUAAUGUUAACUGCUAGUUUCGAAAGGGAAAUUUUAAUGUUGAUAUUUUUUAUUAUUUUUUUUUUUGCCUAAGUAUUUCUAAAUUUGUUUUAACAAUGAAUUGAAGGGGAAAAAAUGUGGAUGAGGCAGUAAAGCAGAAAUAAUUUUUUCUAAAGAAUCAAAUAGAUGUACGUAAACACUUAUGAAUAUUUUAAUAUUAUUGAAAUUUAUUUAGGGGAGAAUUACACUGCUCUGAUAAUUGGUGUUGUCUGCGGUGCAUCAGGACUUAUCAUCAUUGUUACUUUGGCAUCGAUUAUAUUCAGAAGGUACGUUGUAUAUUUUUGUAGGCUAUCUGGGGCACUUACAAUAUCACAAAUUAAUUAAAUCAAAUCAGAAAUCAACUAAAAUGAUCGUUAAAUAUCUUAAUAUCUUUUUUUAUUUCCCCAUGCAAUUAUUUCAAACUGUUUUGAGAUUUUAGAAGCCUUUAAAAAAAAAACAUACUUCUAAAAAUAUAUUUACAUAUUUAAAUCAUCCACUUAAGCUCUUUUGUCAUACUAUACGUGGAAAUGCAGACUUCACCAAAACUAAUUGUUCUAUUAUGUGAUUAAUUAUAAUUUUAAUUAUUUCUAAAGAUUGGACGAAGAAUUCUAUGUCAAACUGAUGAGGGGAAAUUAGCUCCCUUUGUUCAGUUGUAUUACAAAGGCGCUUCUUGUGAAAUAAUUAUGUAGUCAAUGCUGCUCCUUUUCUUUUUUUUUACCUGCUACAACUUAUUGUGCUGCAUACAUAGUGAAGCUAUGUUACCUUGUUAGUUGACGUUGAAAACAAUGCUUUCAUUUUAGGCUUUUAAGUCCCGUUAACAUAUUUUUAUUCCAACAAAAUGAUUUGCUGCAUUCCUUUCAUUUCUUAUGCUCAGUAUCUUUGCCACUCAAUAUUUGGAUUUUCUCCCUGUUCUUUCAUAAGACAAAUAAAAAGACAUCCUUUCAAGCUGAGCCCGUAUGACAUCCCUGGGUCGGCCAACGGCACCUGCGAGGAUGACUAUGAGACUCUCCCACAGGCUAACGAUUAUGAUGUCAUUGCCGACAACCCUUACCCCGGCGACAACGGGUUAAAGGAAAUGGUCGAGUACUCCAAGUCAGUAGAUGACACCAGUGCAGGAAAUGAGAUCAGCGCAGGAAGCAUGAGCUACAUUGAUGUCAUCGACGAACCAACAUCCGGGGACUCUGCAGACUUGGGAAGAAACGAUGAAAGUGAAAAGAGAGAUGACACCCAAGCCACCGACGACCUUCAGAAUACAUUGUAUAAACUUUAUGAUAAUAAAAGUUUCCUUACCGAAGGAAUAAGUGGUGAAGACGAAAUGGACAUUGAGGUGAAAAAUAAAGAAAAUGUUGAAGAUCCGCCUUCGGUUGCCGAGAGCCUGAAUGACGUCGGCGAUGGUGUGUGUGAUGGACGCAGAUCAUUACCACCACUUCCACCGAUACCACAUGGAAGACAUGCACUUGUUGGAUCAGACGGUGCUUCUGUCAGACAUACAACAUAUACGCCUGCUAAUGACUACAUUACGCCCGUGUAACAGGCAAACACUUUUGUCUAAUACGUCUGUGAUAAUUUGUUUUAAGAAAGGGACAUAUCUACUGUUUCAAAUUAAUUACACAACAGAAACUAAAACUUUAAAGCUAUUCAAAAUUAAUCAUAAAAAAUGCACACAUAUUUUUUUUCACACCUCUUCAAGAGGUUAACCGAUAAAAAAUGUCAAAAGUAAAUGUUCUGAUCCUAUUUUAGGCCAAUGCCUACAGAAAAUCACUACUAAAAUGUAUCCAUGGAACGAUCAUAGAUAAUGUUUUAUGCAGUGGCGAAGGAUUUGUGUGUCUGAAGCGUGUAGGUUCCUCCUGGCAGCAUUUUGUGUGUAAAUAAUGUGUGACUUAGUAGGGCAUCUUGAAAAGUGUAAAUGGUGUGUGACUUAGUAGGGCAUCUUGAAAAGUGUAAAUGGUGUAUGACUUAGUAGGGCAUCUUGAAAAGUGUAAAUGGUGUGUGACUUAGUAGGGCAUCUUGAAAAGU